AUGGUCGGUAGCAUUGGAGGUAUUGGUGGUGCCAAGGAGCCUGGUGGAGCUCCCAAACCCAAAGCUCUGGCAGCUGCAGCAACCAUAGCUGACGAGGUGAUUCCAGGCAUCCCUAGAAGACUCGUCGACCCAGGUGGAAUGACCGAUGCAGUCUUUGCUAACAUCUCUACGAACUUAUGGUCCAUCUUAGGGGCAACACUGCGCGGGCGAUCAAACGCUGACUCCCCCGUGUCUUCUUGGUCGCCAUGUCGCCUCGUGUUACGUGGGUUCUUUGUUACGACGUUACGCGGAUCUUCCUCCACUAUCGUCUCCGGAAGUAUUUCCACCGGUACCAUGGUCGAACCACCACGAGCCCCGGACGGGAAAGAAUAG